UCAGGAAAGCCCAGAAAACUGUCCAAAGAGAGAUGAAGAAAGCCACAGCAAUCUUUUCAAUUCUUCUAUUGGUGUCUCUUUCUCUUCAAGAAAUAGCCUAUGCAGUUUCUCUUUCAGAGCCAAACCAGGAUUUUGAAGGAUUUGCAGGUUCAAGCUGCUAGGGAUGGGAUUCUCUCAAUAGAUAACCUUGUUAAGAAGAACUUUCGUCUUGUUAAUUGGUGUUGUCUAUGUUGGUGUGAUGAGGAAACCUUGGAUCAUUUAUUGCUCUAUUGCAAAUUUGUCCAUACCUUGUGGAGUGAAGUCUUCUCCUUGUUUGGGGUUCAGUGGGUGUUGUUGAAGACAGUAGUCUCUCUCCUUUUUGCAUGGUGGAAUUGGUUGGGGAUUCAUUCUUCAAAUGUUAGGAAUAUGGUACUGCCUUGUCUUAUGUGGUUAACCUGGAAGGAACGCAAUGCCCGAACAUUUGAGGACAUUGAAAGAACUGUGGACCUGUUGAAUUCUUUGCUAACUAGAACUCUCAAGCAAGAGCAAGAGCAUGCUCAUGAGGUUCAUUGUUCAAGAGAAAGGAGUAGGGCAGCUUGGAAAAUAAUUGAUGAGUAUUUGAUGCCAUUUGUGGAACGAGAAGACUAUCAGAUUUCAAGUAAGUGUAGACUUCAUCCCAACAAAGAUCUAUUCAGAGAUCAGGAACUGCACAAGAUUCAUGUGGAUAUAAAUGAAUGGCGGUGUGGAUACUGUAAGAAAAGCUUCCGUGCUGAAAAAUUUCUUGAUCAGCAUUUUGACAACAGACACUACAAUCUACUGAAUGUUAGUCACAGUAAGUGCUUGGCUGAUUUAUGUGGGGCAUUGCAUUGUGAUGUCGUUAUGAAUACCAAGUCAACCAAAACCAAGUGCAACCCUGCAGCUACUGCAAGAAAUCGUCACCUAUGUGAGAGUCUUGCCGAUAGUUGUUUUCCUGCUAAUCAGGGCCCCUCUGCAAUCCGUCUUCAUGAUUUGUUUUUGCGACAAUUUUGUGAUGCUCACACUUGCUCAGGAAAACAGAAACCCUUUUCUAAGGGAGGCAAGAAGGAAACAAGUGUAUUCUACCUGGCUAUCGCAAUACUGACUUUGAUGCUGCUCCCUAUUUUCUAUCUAAUUGUUUAUUUGCACCAAAGCGAAAUGAGGAAGGAUACCCAAGAGCUUAGGCGCAUCUCAAAAGUUGGACAAAAAACAAAACCCUCAUAGUUGGAUAGGCUGUUGCAGUUAUCAAGUAGGUGAACAUGGAGUAUAAUGGCAAGAUUUACUCUGUGUCGACCCAUUGCAAUAGAAUCCUUUGAAAAUCUGCAUUCGCCAAGAAAGUCAAAGAAAAGGAAUUACAUCUGGAGGCAACCUUGCUAAUUUUCCAUUUGCUGGUGUAACUCUUCUUCCUCAAAUAAGGAUCUAAUUGUCAAUGGAACAGCAAAGAGCCAAAGAUAUACGAAAAUUGUAUUGCUUAUUGUCUUGGAAAUCUUUUCAAUGAAACCCUUUAUUGAUGCUAGUUCUGCCCCCUUCAAAGCAUAUUUGUCUUACAAGAGUUCUAGCACUGCUACAUUGACUUUCAGACAGAUGAUUAUACAUCUGAAAUGGCACAAUGUCCUACAAAUUUGGAUCA